AUGAUGGACGUUAGCAGCAUGUACGGCAAUCACCAUCCACACCACCAAAACAGUUAUCACUCCAAUAGCGCUGCCACUGCCGCCGACAUGGCUGCUGUUGUCUCUUCCACCGGAUAUCCGAACGCCUACUUCCCAGCGGCUGCCUCUGCAGCAUUACCGACGCAUCAUCAUCAGGUUCAUCAUCACCAACAUCAUUUGGGCUAUGCGAGCUAUGUGACGGAUGGUUCAUCACCCAACUACUAUCCCCAACAACAACAACUAACUCCACCCCCGUCGUCUUUGCAGCAAAUACCUGCGGGUGUAAGCCAAACAACUUCAACCGGUACGCCACUGCAACAUCAACAGCAGCAGCCGCAGCCGCAGCCGCAAGCGCAGCAACAACAACCUAUGUACCCCCACGCUCAUCUUUUUAGUCCAAGUGCUGCUGAAUACGGCAUCACAACAUCUUCCAGCUCUGGUCCAGUGACCACUUCGGGCACACCACUGCACCCGUCAAGUCAUUCUCCAACAGACUCCUACUACGAAAGUGACUCAGUACAUUCCUACUAUGCAACGGCAGCGGUAGAUGCAAUACCACCUUCUACACACUCCCCAAUUUCCGCCUCCAAUGCAAUUCAAAACAAUCCAACACCGAGCAAUGAUCCACCGAUCAUAAGCUCAGAAAAUGGCCUGAGCUACACCAAUCUGGAUUGUUUGUAUAAUCAAAAUGCUGCAACGCACCCACAACAGCAACAGAUGCAACAUGGUUAUGCCUCAUUGCCCCACAACAAUGGCAGUGGUGGUGGCAAUGUGGAGGAAAAGUACGCAGCCGUAUUGCAUUCUACAUACGGCACGGCAGGCUUAGCCUUCGACGAACCCCUUAUGCAAAUGUCAACGAGUCAACAACAAUCACCACCUCAGAUGUGGCAUCAUCAACAUAUUAGUGGUGGUUACAGCCUGGAUGCUGGCAUUCCCAUGGAGUCUUUGGGCAUACAUCCCUUGAAUAUGGCGCACAUGCAAACAGUGCCGCCACCCCAGCAUCCGAAUCAACAUCAUCAGCAACAACAACAGCAUCAUCUGCAACAACAUGGAUCACCAAAUGGGCCGCGAAGUCAACAAGUUGUCUCGCCCGACGGCACGGGAUUGCCCUCAUCGCCGGGAUCAGCAUCUAGCCAAGCAGGCUCACAAAAUAAAUCCCCUAAUCAGGCGAGCAAUUUACCAACAUACAAAUGGAUGCAGUUGAAACGAAAUGUACCCAAACCACAAGCACCAAAACUACCUGCCACAAUACACGAUUAUCAGCUGAAUGGACAUCAGUUAGACAUUUGCCGCAACAGCUUACCCGCCGGCCAACAGACUCAGACGAGCCUACUCUUAGCGGGUGGCAAUGGCAACGCGCCGGGACUGAUCAUUGGUGCGCCCAAUAUGAGUAGCUGCAGCCUGAGUGCGACUAAUAAUUCGGGACGUACCAAUUUUACCAACAAGCAGUUGACUGAACUAGAGAAGGAGUUCCAUUUCAACCGCUAUUUGACACGCGCACGUCGCAUUGAAAUCGCCAACACACUGCAGCUCAACGAGACACAGGUGAAAAUUUGGUUCCAGAACCGCCGCAUGAAACAGAAGAAACGGGUCAAGGAGGGUCUAAUACCGGGGGACAUACUGGCGCAACAAACCGUGUCGACCACUUCGUCUACAACACCAAGCAGCAUCGGUUCUGCAGCUGGUCCAACGAACGCUAAUUGCAACUUUAAUGUUGGCAACAAUUGCCAUAAUAGUGCCAACAAUACUAAUGUGCAUGCCCAUGGUGGCCCUAGCGCCGGAAAUAAGCCCAGUGUACCUCGUAUGGGCUCAUCGGCCGUCAACAGCAGUGAUGCUGGGGCUCACAAUAACGACUCCUGUCAUAAUGGCAACAAUACGCUCAGCAGCGGAGAUUGUAAUCUGACAGCGCAUAGCGAUAAUAGCCGUGAAUCAAAUUAAUACGAUCGCAUUUGCGCUGGCAUCACACCACUGACCAGCAUCACUUAUGCCAGGCGAUAGCUUCAUCCACUGGGCAGGUGGGAGCGCAUAUACGGUAUAUUGCACUUAUGUGUAUUAACUGUGUUAGUUGAAUUUGCCAAGUGUCGGACGCUUACACCCACAGCUAGGAACAAAAAAGGGGCUACAAAUGCGUACCGAUAUUGGCUGUGAUAACAGUUUAAAGUACAUAAUAAUAAUAAAUUAAUUCGCAAAUAUAUAAUACAUACUUACAUACAUACGCAGCCAUGACUGUGGUCUCUAUGUAGCAGUAUAUUCGUGAGUAUGUAUAGUAUGUAGUUUAUGAGUCCACAUGUACAGUAAUCAAAAUUUUUGAAGGCUUUUGCAAAUGCUUUCCAUAUAUACACACAUAAGCACAAAUGAAUAGAAACACAUGAAAAUAAGUAAAACUGGUGGCAAAUUAAGGCACUCGAGAUCUUACAAAAAUAGCAAUAUUCGAUUCACAAUUUGCGCUAAUUGAAAUUUCGGAUUUACGCGGUGCGUUCCAAAGUACAACGAAUUGAGCGCGUACGUAAGGUGCGAUCUUUUCCGACAGGCAGUGAAUAUUUCAAGACACUAAAAGACUGGAGUUAUUUUAGCUAGAAUGGUAGAAAAUAUGCGCCAUGUACCUUUUUUACGGUUUCACGUCUUCUACUCGCAUUGUGACUAUUGGGUUCUAGAUCUUAUUGAAAAUAUCACGUUUCAUCGGCAGUUACAAUAUCGAGAAGGAAGACUUUGCUCUCUGCGAAUGAUAAAUUCUGAUUCUCAAUACGCCAUUAGCCCAAACACUUUGAUAUUUUGAUAUGCCUUAUUCCG